AUGGCAUUCAUCCAAGUGUUGGAAGAGGAACUUGAGGAUGAAAGAGCUAAUGACUUUAGGGGGUUCUUUGUUGUUCAGCAUCAUCUUCAUUUUUCUGCUACAGCUUUGGAUAGAUCACAGUCCAAGAGAGAUGGAGGUUUUAAAAAUAAUUGGAGCUUUGAUCAUGCAGAAGAAAGUGAAGGAGAUGCAGAGAAAGACGAGGCAAAUCUGCUCAGCAUAGAUGAGAGUGAUGGGCCUUUCAGUCCCAAUGAGGAAAGAAAGUCACUUCGUUGUCGGCCUGGAGCUGUCGGCACCAGUGGUGAUUCCAUAAAAACAUAUGCAAGGAGAGGCAAAGCUGGAGGCUUGAGGCUUUUCAAAGGGAACGCAAUUGGCUUCAACAUGUUGGGAAAUAGCAAGAAACUGAGUGAAAACUCUCAGAAUAUGUCUUGUCCUGUAACUGUGGUACAUGGUAGACGUUUUCACCAUGCGCAUGCGCAGACAGCAGUAGUAAAAACGGCAGCCCAAAGCAAUCUGGACCGAAAGGAAAGAAAAGAAUACCCCCCUCAGCUUCAGAAAGUAGAAGCAGACCACAUUAGGUUACCACGGACUCAAGGAGUGGACAGUAUAAUGGAAAACAAGGAAGAGGCAGAAUCAGAAUCUGAAAUUAAGAGAAAGGUGCAACAGAAACGUCACUGCAAUUCCUAUCAAUCUGACUUGACUCUAUCUUCUGCUACCAAAAAAUGCUUAACCCAGUUAAAGCUUUUGGAACAAAUUGAUUAUUCUACUGAUUGCCCAAAUUGUGGGCGGGCAAAUGAAAAUCAGACCAAAUGCCGACAUUGUGAAAGUGCUUCUCUGAAGGAUUUGCAAAGAGUCUCCAGACAAACUUUGACAUUAAACGAAUCUGUGGGACCUUUAGCACGUUCUUCAAUACAUCAGAAUUCAACAGGGCAAAAAUCUUCAGGUACAGGGUUCAACACAAAGAAGUUUUAUAGUUCUGCUGUUGGGAAAGGUCCAACGGAUAUUCUACUGAGUAAUGAAGUUGUAGGACAUUCAAUGUUACGACAGAAUGGAAAAGUUGGUCUUAUCACUGGGACAAAAAAUCCUAAAAUUACAGGAAACUUAAGACAGAGGAGUACAAGACCGUCUGAACUAAAUGAUCCAAUUGUUUUGUCUAGUGAUGAUGAUGAGGAGGAUGAUAGUGGCAGCACUAGGAGAAUGGAAAGCAUUUCACCUCGUCCUGCAGAUUCAGCCCGCUCCUCCCCAGCUCCUUCUACAGGAAAGGUGGAAGCAGCAUUAAAGGAAAACAGUUGUGGAAUAGAACAGAGAAUAGGUAGUAUAACAACAGAUACAGAAAUUGCAGUCACACUACCAAGAAAAGCAAGAAUGAAAGAUCAG